GGUGGUGGGCGAGCCGUGAUAUAAGGAUCAAACAUGAGUAGUAGGUCAUGACGUUUAUCACAGUAGCAGCGGCCACCCUGCCGAGUGUACCCCUGGAUUUCGUGGGAAACCGCGAUCGCAUCCUCGAGUCCAUCAAGAUUGCCAAGGAGAAGGGAGCCACGCUGCGUACAGGCCCUGAGCUCGAGAUCCCGGGCUAUGGCUGUCUCGACCACCACCUUGAGAGCGACACGGAGCUGCACAGUUGGGAGGUCCUGGCCGAGAUCAUCGCCAACCCGGUCUGCAAGGACAUCCUCGUCGACCUAGGAAUGGGCGUGAGGAACAGAAACGUACAGUACAACUGCCGCAUCCUCUGCACCUACCGCAAGGUCUACGCUAUCCGGGCCAAACAGUCGCUUGCCGGCGACGGCCUGUACCGCGAGCCCCGCCACUUCACCGCAUGGGUCAAGGAGCGCCAGGUCGAGACGCACAAGCUCCACCAAGUGAUCAAGGACGUCACGGGUCAGAGCACCGUACCUAUCGGCGACUUCAUCCUCGAGACCCCAGACACGUCCGUCUCGUGCGAAACGUGCGAGGAGCUCUUUGUCCCCCGAAACCCCUCGACCUUCACCGGGCUUAACGGCGCCGAGAUCAUACUGAACUCGAGCGCCUCCCAUGCUGAGCUGCGUAAGCUCGGCAGGCGCCUCAACCUCAUCUCCAACUCCACCAGGAGCAAUGGUGGCCUUUACAUCUACGCAAACGCCUCGGGCAUCGACGGCGAAGCCCGCAUGCUAUUCGAUGGCAGCAGCAUGAUCAUCCAAAAUGGCGAGGUCCUGGCCCAGAGCUCCCAAUUCUCCCUCCUGCCCGUCGAGGUUACCGUCGCCACUGUCGACCUCGAAAGGGUCCGCAGCUACCGCACCAGCGCUAGCCGCAAUAUCCAAGCUGCCCGCCAGCCCGAGUACCCACGCGUAGAGUGUGAUAUCCUCUUGACCCGCCCCAGCGAGGACGUCUUCGUGUCGGACAACAAGGUCAUCGCCACCGAAGUCCCCAUCAAGCUCCUAGAUCCCAUGGAGGAGAUCUGGAUGGCCACGUCGGUCUACCUGUGGCAGUACCUCGUCCGCAGCUCAGGCGCCGGCUUCUUCCUCGCCCUGUCUGGGGGCCUCGACAGCUCCUCCGUGGCCCUGUUCGUCUACGGCAUGGCGAAGUUGGUGCUCUUGUCCAUCGGGAAGGGAGAGGAUAACACGCUGCAAGACCUGCGCAAGGUAGUGGGCAUCAGCGACUACAAUCCCGAGAGUCCCGAGGAGAUCGUCUCGAGGCUCCUGCACACCUGCUACAUGGGCACUGUCAACAGCUCCGAUGAGACCAGAUCGAGGGCUAAGCGGCUGGCCGAGCGUCUUGGAGCGUAUCAUACCGACAUCGACAUGGACGAAGUCGUGGAUGCGCACGAGAACAUCAUCCAAAAGGCUCUCAACGGCUUCAAGCCCAAGUACCAGGUCGAGGGUGGGUCGACCAGCGAGAAUCUGGCCAAGCAAAAUAUUCAAGCCAGGAACAGGCUCGUGGUCUCGUACGAGCUCGCCCAACUGUCGACCCAGGCCAGGGGCCUGCCUAGAGCUGGAGCGUCGCUGCUGGUGCUGGGGUCCGGCAAUGUCGACGAGAACCUGAGGGGCUACUACACAAAGUAUGACGCGAGCUCUGCGGAUCUUGCGCCCCUAGGCUCCAUCUCCAAGAACGAUGCCAAAUCCUUCCAGCGCUGGGCUCGGGACAACUGGGGUCUGCCCAUCAUGGAUGAGUUCAUCGAGGCCAUCCCCUCUGCCGAACUUCUCCCCCUCUCGGCAGGCGUUCAGGCGGACGAGGAGGAGAUGGGGUUGACUUACUCGGAGCUCUCCGACUUUGGGAUCCUGCGCAAGGUUGAUAAGCUGGGUCCCUGGUCUGCCUAUCUCCGCCUGCUAAGCCAGUGGAAGGAGCGUCCGGGCUUCGGCCCUUGCGAGAUUGCCGAGAAAGUCUUCCUCUUCUACCGCUUUUAUGCCAUCAACCGCCAUAAGGCCACCAUCAUAACUCCCAGCGUGCAUCUCUCGGCAUACAACCCGGACGAUAACAGGCACGACCUGCGACCCUUUUUGUACGUCGUAAACUGGCCAUGGCAGUUCAACAAGAUUAGGAGGCACGUGGAGGAGAUGAGGGGGAGCGGGAAGAAGGCGGGGCAUGUAACGGAACAUUAGCGACCUGGGGUCUUCAGUUGAGCGAGACGGAAGUGGUGACCAUAGACAGCAAAUUCAAAGACAUUUGCUUCAACAGCGA